CAUUCUUCUUUGUUUUUUUCCCGCCGACAUCUCUCUCUCAUCAACAAUGGAGAAUAGAUUUGGGUUUCUCUCUGUGAUUUCGAUCUGAUCGAUUCCUCACCCUCUCUCCUCUCCGAUCAAUCUUAUUCUUCCACCAAUAGUUUCUCAGUUGGUACUUGGUAGAGUGUCGCCGGAGACGUGGAAGACACCGUCAGCGGUGAUUUUUGAAGUUAGAUACAACAAAUCCAAUCCAGUCGGUGCAACAUACCGGACGGAAUCAACGGUACUUGCUUCUCGGCCGAAAUUUCCCGAAAUCGCCGUAUUCUCCAAUAAGCGCCGGUAUUGAGACCGAAACGAAAUCUGGAGUGUACCGGAUUGUCUAAAAUGGUACGUACGAAACGGUAUUAACAACCUUGAAACUAACAGUUUCGUCGACCAAUGUAAGUUUCAGAAUCGACCCUAUAUCUUCUUUCUAUCCAUUACUACUGCUAUUUCGGUGGAGAGAGAGAGAGAGAGAGAGAGAGAGAGAUAUGAGCACACUACCAUUUUCCCUUGGGUCUUGUAAUCCCAGAAAGCUCAUAGUUAUUAGAAAUCUUCACACAUCAGAAGAAUCUCCAACUUCUUCUAUCAAAUUCUCCAGCCAUAUUAUUCACAAUGAAACAACCUUUUGUUCUGCCGUCCUCCUGAAACUGAAUCAAAAAAACCCAAUUGUACUUGUCAAAAGAAGAGAGGCAAUUAGUGCUGGGUUAUGUUCUGGGAUUCUUGGUGUUAUUUUACAACAAUCAAAGGUUUCAGCAGCUGAAGCCAGUAGUAGUAGUACUACUACUCCAUCUCCAUGUGAGCUUACUCAAGCUCCUUCUGGGCUUGCCUAUUGUGAUAAAGUUGUUGGGUAUGGACCUGAGGCUGUCAAAGGACAGUUGAUUAAGGCGCAUUAUGUGGGGAAAUUGGAGAAUGGGAAGGUGUUUGACAGCAGCUACAAUCGCGGGAAGCCUCUUACUUUUCACGUUGGAGUUGGGGAGGUUAUAAAAGGUUGGGAUCAGGGUAUUCUAGGUGGAGAUGGAGUUCCUCCCAUGCUUGCAGGAGGAAAACGUUCGUUAAAGCUUCCUCCAGAACUCGGUUAUGGAAUUAGAGGAGUUGGGUGUAGAGGAGGUUCAUGCAUUAUUCCUCCAGAUUCAGUUCUGCUCUUCGAUGUGGAGUUCAUUGGCAAGGGAUGAUUGCAGUAUAUUUGGCCUUUCUAAUGCCAUAAUCAGAAGAAGAAAGGGAAAAAAAAAACCUUGAUUGCUCUGUCUUCUACUUCUGUUCAACUAGAAAACAUUGUAAAGCUGUGUUUUCUUUGCGAGAAUGUCACAUUGAAGUACAUAUGAUCACAUGAAAGUACAACGGAAAUAAGAUACCAAUUAAUUGAUCUCU